AUGACCAGGGGAAAGGGAAUGAAGUCAAAGAGCAGUAACAAGCAGGGUUUUAGCCAACACACACCGAUAACAGUAAAUGCAAAAGAUGGCACAGAAGCGAGCAAAAGUGAUGAGGUGACAAAUUUGAAAAGACUGAAUGAACAUUUACUGACUACAAUUACCAAUGAUAGAAAAGAAAUAGACGGGUUGAAAAACAAAUUGAGAUUGUGUGAUGAUGCCAAUAACAAAUUGCUUGAAACGGUGACGUCAGAUAAAAACAAGUGGAUUUCUUGUGAAAAGGAUAUGAAAGGUACAAUUUCAGAGUUAGAAUAUAAGCUCAAAGAAGCCAGAAAUUUGAGUGAGAAUCAUGAAAUGUUGUUCAGUCAAUUGGGACGAGAAAAAAGUCUGUUGGAAAAUAGGUUGAAAGAAAGUAGUGAUGUAAUUCAGGAAUUACAAGGGCUUAAAAGUGAGCUUGAUCAAACAAAACAAUUGAGUGAGAAUCUUGGAAAAUUGUGUGCUCAAUUAGGGCAGGAAAAAAAUGAGCUGGAAAAUAAUUUGAAAAAAUCCAAUGAUGUGAUUAAGGAAUUACAAAAUAAAGUGACCGAGGAUAGGAGCUUGUGGGAUGCUUCCAAAACAAAAUUGGAAGGAACAAUUGUGGAGGUAGAAAAUAAGCUUGAUUCUGUGGUGCAGGAAAGAAAUGUAUUGAGUCAGAAACAUAAGGACUUAUGCGGUAGCUACAGAAAUGAAAAAAAAGGGUGGAAAAAAUGCAAUGGUGGUGCUAAUAUGAAAUUAAAAGCAAAGAUGACUGAGAAUCAGGGAUUGUGGGAUUCAUAUAGGGUGAAUUUGGAAGGAAAAGUCGCGGAGCUGCAGAAUGAGAUGACAAAUUCGAAAAGCCUGAAUGAACGUUUACUGACUACAAUUACCAAUGAUAGAAAAGAAAUAGAUGGGUUGAAAAACAAAUUGAUAAUGUGUGAUGAUGCCAAUAACAAAUUGCUUGAAACAAUCACUUCAGAUAAAAACAAGUGGACUUCUUAUGAGAAAAAGAUGAAAAGUACAAUUUCAGAGUUAGGGCAGGGAAAAAACGAGCUGGAAAAUGAUUUGAAAAAAUCCAAUGAUGUGAUUAGGGAGUUACAAGAUAAAAUGACUGAAGAUAGGAGCUUGUGGGAUGCUUCCAAGACAAAACUGGAAGCGACAAUUGUGGAGGUACAAACUAAGCUUGACACUGUAGUGAAGGAAAGAAAUGAAUUGAGCCAGAAACAUGAGGACUUGUACACUAGCUACAGAAAUGACAAAAAUGAAUUGAAAAAAUGCAAUGAUGGUGCUAUGAAAUUAAAAGCAAAGAUGGCUGAGGAUAAGGGAUUGUGGGAUUCAUGUAGGGCGAAUUUGAAAGGAAAAGUUGCACGGCUGCAAAAUGAGAUCCUUGACGAAAGAAAAUCUAGCCAGAAACACCAAGAAUUGUUGACUAAAUUGAGGCAAGAAAAAAUUGAGAUGGAAAAUAAGUUCAUAAAAAUCAAUGAUACUACUAAGAAAUUGAAUGCAAAGAUUACUGAAGAUAAGCUGUUGUGGGAUUCUUGUCAGGAGAAGUUGGAAAAACAGGUUUCAGAGCUACAAAAUGAGCUUAAUGAAGCAAGGGUAUUCAGCCAAGGACGUGAAGAACUGUGCAGUGAGCUGAGACGAGCAAAAACUGAUUUGGAAGAAAAAGUUUUACAGCUCGAAGGUGAUCUUAAUGAAGCAAGAAUUUUGAUUAAGAAACAUGAAGAAUUGCGCUCUGAAUUAAUGAAAGAAAAGAACGAAAUGCAAAAUAAGGUAACAGAAUGCAAUGAUGAGACUGAAGAAUUGAAGGCAAAAUUGGCUGAACGUGGGUUCUUGUGGGAUUCUUCUAAGACAGAGUUGGAAGCCACUGUUGCAGGGCUGCAAAAUGAGCUCAAAGAAACAAGAUUGUUGAGCCUGAAACAUGAAGAAGCAUGCAUUCAACUAAGGCAUGAGAAAACAAAAUUGGAAGACGAGUUGAAAGACUUGGAUGAUACGAAUGAGGAAUUACAUGCCAAAAUGACUGAAAACGGUUGGCUUUGGGAUACUUGUAAGGCGAAUUUAGAAGGUACAGUAAUAAAGCUGCAGAAAAAGCUUAAUGAAACAAAGAUUCUGGCCCACAAUAAUCAAGUCUUAUACAAUGAAAUAAGUAGAGAAAAAAGUGAGAUGGAAACUAAUUUUCAUCAAUCCAUCAAUGAAGCUAAACAAUUAAAGGAUAAAAUAGCUGAAGAAGGGCACUUGUGGGAUAUAUCUAAGCGAGAAUUUGAAGUUACAUUUGCAAAACUGCAAAAUGAGCUUAAUGAAGCGAGAAUGUUAAGCCAGAAGCAUGAAGAUUCGUGGUCUCAGUCAGAACAGGAAAAAACUGAGUUGGAAAAUAAUUUUAAUCAAUCUAUUAAUGAAAUUCAGCAAUUAAAGGAAAAAUUGGCUGAAGAUAGGCACAAGUGGGAUAGUUAUAAGAGAGAAUUUGAAAUUACAAUUGCAAAACUGCAAAAUGAGCUCAACGAAGCGAGGAUGCUAAGCCAGAAGCAUGAAGAUUUGUGGUCUCAAUCAGAACAAGAAAAAAAUGAUUUGGAAAAGACUCUUAUAGGGCUACAAAAUGAAGUUGAUGAAACAAAGAUUUUGACAGUGAAAGACCAAGAGCUGUGUAAGGUGCUCAGAGAAGAAAACAAUCGGAUAGGAAAUAAGUUGAAACAAUGCAAUGACAGUAUUGGGAAAUUAAAUACAAAAGUUAAAGAAGACCAGCUAUUGUGGGUUUGUAAUAAGGAGGAUUUGGAAAGCAGAGUUGCAGUUGUGCAGUAUGAGAAAGAGACAUUGAUCCAGGAAUAUAAAGCUCUGUGGGCCCAUUUAAGAGAUGAAAAAUAUGAGUUGGAAGAAAAACUGAAAGAAUGCAACGAUAGGAAUAAGGAAUUGCAUGCACAGAUGAGAGAAGAUUGCCGCUUGUGGGAAGCUUGUAAGGCAAAAUUUGAAAACUCUGCUGCAAGGCUACAAAAUAAUUUUAAUAAAUCCAUUAAUGAAAUUAAACAAUUAAAGGAAAAAUUGGCUGAAGAUAAGCACAUGUGGAAUACUUCUAAGGGAGAAUUUGAAGUUACAAUUGCAAAACUGCAAAAUGAGCUUAAUGAAGCGAGAAUGAUUGCGGAAUUAAAUAAAAAAAUUGAAGAAGACGAGAGGUUGUGGGUUACUAAUAAGUCUGAUUUGGAAAGAAAAGUUGCAGGUCUGCAGUCUGAGAAAGGGGUAUUGAGCAAGGAAUAUAAACUUCUGUGGGCCCAUUUAACAGAUGAAAAAGAUGAGUUGGAAAACAAACUGAGAGAAUGCAAAGAUAGGAAUAUGGAAUUGCAUGCACAGAUGAGAGAAGAUUGCCGCUUGUGGGAAGCUUGUAAGGCAAACUUCGAAGACUCUGUUGCAGGUUUACAAAAUAAGCUCGAUUUGAUGACUAAUGAAGGAAUGAUUUUGAGCCAAGAAUAUGUAGAACUGUGCAUUGAAUGCGAAUUUUUGAAGGCACAGCUGGGAGAUUAUAAUGAUAUACUAAGCUCUAUGGAAGAUGAAACAAGGAGUCUAAUCUCUCUCUCAGAGAGCAAUGCAAACACAGUGGAGGCCUUGCAAACUCAAGUGCGAAUGAUCACCCAUGAACAUACACAUUUGAGCAUGAAAUAUGAAGAACUUACAAAUGAAAAUGAAUCUCAGAAAUUGAAAUUGGAAAAUUAUAAUCAUAGGCUUGAUUCAGUGAAAAAUGAGAGGAACUCACUUAGAUCUACGUCAGAAAGUAGGGAGGAGGCUUUGCUCCAAGAAAAUGGUUCAUUGAAACAACAAGUCCAUGAGCUUCAAAGCAAGUUGGGUAUGUGGGCUAAUGAUUACAAACAAGUUCCCACUGAUGAUAUGCUCGAUUCAGAAACAGAGGAGAGGCAAUUACUCACAUCUCUAUCAGAAACCAGUGAUAAAGUGAUGGAAGAUCCGGUUAUAGAGAACAGAACAGUGAAACGAGAAGCCCUUCAACUUUAUCAAGAAAACCAACAAUUACAAAAGGACAUAUCUAGUAAAAAGUCAUUAAUUCAAACAAAAGAUGGAAAUAUUACAGAAUUGAAUGCAAAAAAGAUUAAACUUAAGAAUGCUGUCGAAGUGUUGGAAGAGAUUGGAAGAAAAAAUACCCAAGUACUGAAAGAAUAUGGAGGUAUAAGGGAAGAGCAAGUGACGAGAAAGGAAAGUGAGGAGAAAAGGAAGGAGGGCAGUGGGAGGGUUUCACAUCGAAAUCAAACAGCCUUUAUUGGUAAUUUGAUGUCUUGCAUUCUUCUAGAUAUUGAGAAGUCUGACGUAAGCAGAUGCUUGUCAACUGCCACAAAAAAUAUCAUUCUUCCUUCUGAUGCACUACUUUGUGGAUGUCCUUAUGGCUGGUUUGGUGGGAUAGUAUAA